AGCCUUUUGCCUCCUUCGCGACCGCUGUCUACUACACAUAUUCCCGAUUGACGUUCUGUUUAUUUUUUUUUUCAUUUGUGACCAACGAAUGCCCUGCUCUGUGUAUGAUGGUAUCAAUAUUUUUUUUUUCUGUGAGACUAUAAUGAAAGAAGAUCUCCUCUCAUGACGCCAUGCGCGCCGAAAGUGACCUCUAGGUGCGUCUGUGCUUUUUCCCGUUGCAGUAAAUUGAUGCGUUGGCCGAGUCUGGCGUUUCAGGAUGAUCAGGAUCACGUGUACCGAUGGGUUGGCGGUCGGGCAACCGCCAGGCUUCAAGGUUCCCUGAUUUUCCCGCCGUUGCUGGCCGAGAGAGAGAGGGUGGGUGAGAGACGUGAAUCCAUCAAUCAUCGACGGCCGCUGAGACAAGUCUUGACUGCAACGGCAAUCUGGCGGAUGAUCCUUGCAUCGUUGGAGAAGCAUCUCGGCCACAUGAUUGGACCAGUUGUCCUGCUACAGCCUGCUACCGCCAUACCAACUUGGUGCUUAGUUGGUUGCACUUCCUCAGACAAACAGUCUAUCUUUGCGCAAUCAAAGUGCAGGCAAGCCAUGAUGCGAGUGCUACCUCUCCCCGUUCGGAACCAUGGGAUUUUCAUUUGGUCGAAGAUGGAUGACCACGAAUGACGCGAAUCGGAAGAUGUGACCGAGCACGAUGGCGUGGC